UUUUAGGACGCACAAGUAACGAUUUUCCCGUUGCUUUUUUGCGUCUCUCUCUCUCUCACACUACUCUCUCUCUCUUUGGAGAGAACGCCCCCAACAUCACAACCUAAAUUUUCAUAUGUUGUUUUGUGAUCCUAUGAACAUGAUGGAGGGGUUUUAGCUACAAUACUUGUUUGCAGGGUGCCAAGGAUUAACGUCAAGGCAUUGGAUUUGACAUCUUGGCCCUGCAAAGAUUGAUUCGUUUAGUUGAAGAAUAUUUUAUAUUGUGGUGACACACUCAAUAGCAUGUGGAUAUCCUCCGACAAUAUUAUUGGGCUUGUCUUGGCUAUUUCUUCCAGCAUUUUCAUUGGUUCUAGCUUUAUAAUUAAAAAAAUGGGUCUUAAAAAAGCUGCUAAUAAUGGGAAUAGAGCAGCUACAGGUGGGCAUUCAUAUUUGUAUGAACCACAGUGGUGGGUUGGAAUGAGUUCAAUGAUCAUUGGGGAAAUAGCAAAUUUUGCAGCUUAUGCAUUUGCACCUGCCAUCCUAGUAACUCCUUUGGGAGCUUUAAGCAUCAUUUUUAGUGCAGUGCUAGCUCACUUCAUCUUGAAUGAGAGAUUGCACAUCUUUGGAGUUCUUGGAUGUGUUCUGUGUAUGGUAGGGUCUACAACUAUUGUUCUGCAUGCACCACAUGAGAAAGACAUUCAUUCUGUCAAGGAAGUAUGGCAACUUGCUACAGAACCAGGUUUUCUUGUAUACUCUUGUGGGGUGGUGGCAUUGGUUUUAGUCCUUAUUUUCUGUUUUGCAAAAAAAUAUGGACAUAGCCAUAUGAUUAUUUAUGUUGGAAUAUGUUCUCUCACAGGCUCAAUUACGGUUAUGAGUGUCAAAGCACUUGGAAUAGCUUUGAAGCUUACAUUUGAAGGAAUGAAUCAAUUUAAAUACUUUGAGACUUGGUUCUUUACAAUUGUUGUGCUUGGAUGUUGCCUUUUGCAAAUCAAUUACUUGAACAAGGCUUUGGACACCUUCAACACUGCUGUCAUAUCACCAGUGUACUACGUCAUGUUUACCUCAUUCACAAUCAUCGCCAGCACAAUCAUGUUUAAGGAAUGGGACACACAAAAUGCAUCUCAGAUUGCUACAGAGGUAUGUGGGUUUGUGACAAUUUUAUCAGGGACUUUUCUCCUUCACAAAACUAAGGAUAUGGGAAAUAAACCUACAGAAGUGUCUCUUUCUUUAACUCCACAACUUCCUAACCAUACUAACUCAUCAGUUAGCUCUCAUAUUUGAAGCUUGUGAGCAGCAUUUCUCUUUCAACUAUGUUCCCUCCCAAGAAGCUAAACACACUAAGCUUGCUACUGUUUGGUUCUAACAAGCAGCUUGUAAUUACACAUUUAAAAAAUAGAAAGAAACAACUAAAAUAUGUAAAUGUGGAAAGAUCAAAGCAAGUACAUGUUAUGACCUUAGGGGAUACGAUGUUAGAUUCUUUUAUUAGAUCAGAAGUCUUUCUCUUCUCAUUUUCUGCUCUUUCUCUUAGUAUUUUUGAACAAGUGGAAGAUGUGAAUUGCCUAAAGUCCUCAAAAUCUAUUUAUUGUGGUUGGAACACCAUUUUUUUCCCCUA